AAGGCGAACGCAUCACUUGUGUAAUGUAAUGUUUAAAUAAGCAAGGUUAUCAUCGCAGAAGCGCAAGAGGACAGAAUGAAUAGGAUUUGACUAGAAUAAGUUGUCAUCUCAUUUCGGCGUGAAAACGACACCGGCUGCCUGUUGUCUUCUUCGGUGGCCCAAGGUCGCGAUGAGGGUCCCGGGUAUCCUCAUAUCAACCCUCCGAAGCUUCAGCCUGCCGACCCCCGGAGCUGGUCUGGUCCGAACCCGGAUGCUGGGCUCCUUCACCAGGUGUAUGUCCUCAAAAAGAAAAAUGGACCAUCUUGAGAGGACAGCAAGUAACUACAGACAAAAUGCUCUGUAUCCAGCUGAAGUAUGUGGCAUGAUAAAUGAGUCAGAGACAGUGAAACGACUGAGAAUAGCCGUACACCCAGACUUCAGCUUUAAAGCAGGACAGUGGGUGGAUUUCUUCAUUCCUGGGAUGGAGACAGUGGGGGGUUUCUCCAUGUGCUCCAACCCGGGUUUACUGCAGAGAGAGGGCGUCAUUGAAUUGGCUGUCAAAUACACCACACACCCCCCAGCACACUGGAUUCACACCAUGUGUGCACUGGGCUCCCGUGUGGACUUGCGCGUCGGUGGAAACUUCUUCUUUGACCCCUCACCUGCUGAGCCCUCGGUGGAUUUGCUGCUCGUGGCCGGUGGCGUAGGGAUCAACCCUCUGUACUCCAUUCUGUUGCACUCCAGUGAUCUGCUGCGCCUUAACCGGACCGCCGGUGGGCAGGGCUACAACAUCGGAUCUGUCCAUAUAUGUUACAGCGCCAAAAACAUCCAGGAGCUGCUUUUCAAGCACUCCAUCAUAGAGGUGUGUCAGGAGUUCCCUGACAAGUUCUCCUGUGGUUUCCAUGUCACGCAGAGCACAGAUGUUGACCAACACCUCCAGCCAUUUGUCAACUGUGGGAGAAUAACACCAGCUGAGCUGCAGGCUCAUGUAGAUCCAAAGAGGACUUUGUGUUACCUAUGUGGGCCCCCACCCAUGAUUGAAGCCUUUUCCCAAACCCUCAUGGACCUGGGGCUCCCAAAAGACAGAAUCCUCUUUGAGAAGUGGUGGUAAAGCCCAGAAUUCAGCGUGGUUGUCUGUUCCCAGCCCAUGCUCCUUUUUGUGGUCCUCAGGGGGAGGAUGUAUGGGGUGUGGCAAGAAUGGAAAGCAACUGAAAUAUUCCAACCAUGUGGAUAUUAGUGUCAGGGCUCAAAUAGAUGAGGAGAAUUCCACCUCCAGUCCCUCCUGCUGCAACCUGUGCCUGAUCUGCAAUGCACCGCUGGGACCGCCCACUCUUCAGCGAGCAGCCGACUCACAAAGACAACAGAGAUGAUUUUUAUCAUCGAAAAACAAAGACCAAGCAGACUGUAAAAUCACUGACUUUAGGCAACCUCAUCCUCAGAUUAGUCUCACAGCAAAUGUGCAACUCCGGUGUUCCCUACAUGUGUUACUGACGCGUUUUGGCACAAAUGUUACACAUCGUCAAGUCCAAUUCCAUUUCCAACUUCAACAUGCUCGACUGAGGUGCUUCAUUAAGCAUAGUGACAAGCAAUGUUUUCUUUUAAGUGCAGAUUUUUAGUUUUAGUCUCAUCUAACAUCUGUUUACACACUUACUCACCAGUGCAAAUGUGUCUUAAAGGCUUUAGGACAUGCUGCUGUUCGUGGAUCAGUGCAAACAGUAUCUGUUAUUUUAUACCAUACAGACUUUUAAUGAACUCAUUUUUUUCCCAAAUUCUUACAAGUAUGUUAUUUAUACUUAAUAACUCUGAACUAUUUAUUUACAGAAUUUAAGGUUUUAAAGUUGAGCUCAUGUGGGUUACAUUGCAGUGAUUGCUUUUCUCCUUUUACUGAUAUGCAAACUUCACUGAGUGUAUUUUCACACAUAUUGGAGUGUGUUCCUGCCUGUUUUACUCCUCGACUCAUGCAUACAAUCUGCCUCUCACAUGCACAUGCUACAUAAACGGUUUCUCAUCCCAGGGUGGAGAGAGUAUCCCAUGGUGCACUGUAAUGGAACCUCCAGGUGGUCUCUGAUUGGCUUGGAUCGUUGAAUAUCCCUCAGAGAUAGAUGCAAGUUUCUUGUCGUCGUCUCUCAGUGGGGGUUAUACUCAUUUUUGAGUUGUUUCUCUGCUUUUUCCUGUUAUGAGGAAAAGUGUUUAUGCCAGUAACAGGAGAUUUGAAGGAAAUAAAGGAAAUUGAGUCAA